AGAUGAAUAUUUGUGGUCAGACAAAUUAAAAGUAGAGUUCGUUUCCCUCUCAUUAUUCAAUAAAUACAGGAAUGUCGUCUUCACGUGGCACAAGUUCAGGAGUUGGUACAACUCAAAGUUUUAGGGAGGAUAAGGAUCUGGGUGAGCUAGCGAACAGAAUGCGAAGGAUUCAUACAAAUGGAAACAAACAUAGACGAGACGAACGAGACUCUGAUGAAGAUGGUUGCUGUGGAGGAUGUCCUAGUUCCCCUGCACAACCAAGAAGUCAGUCAACCUCAACUACAUUGAGAGUUCCUACUGGUGUUAGAGAUAGAUCUAAAUCUCCAGCUGUUCGCGGGAAAACACAAAACAACCGUGGAUUAUCUCCCAACGUGCGCGGUCUUUCGCCAAACGUACGCGGCAAAUCCCCAAAUGUACGUGCAGUAUCGCCCAGUGUACGUGCAGUAUCGCCCAGUGUACGCAGCGUGUCUCCCAAUGUACGCGGGAUGAGCCUAAAUGUAUCUGGAGUCCCCGCCAAGCGUCCAACUAAACUUCUAUCUCCGACAGGUUCAAGCCGGGCUUCAUCACGACCAUCUCCUCGUCCCUCCCCUCGACCUUCACCUCUGCCCUCUCCAAGGGCUUCUCCUUCCCCAAGAGCUUCUCCUUCUCCCAGGGCUUCUCCAGGAAGGCAUGUAACUGGACGAGGAAACUCUCCAAUCAAAUCUUUAAGAUCCCCAGCUUCUCCUACCAAGACACUUCCAGGAGAAAUAGAUCUGAAUGAUCCGGAGAUUCAAAACAAGAUUGGAAACAGGGCAACAAAGACAGUAAACAAACCGACAAGAAACUGUGAUAGCUGUUUGAAACCUCUAACAGAAGAUGGUUGCACUGCUUUUGGAAAAGUUUAUCACAAGGAUUGCUUUAGGUGUAAAAGCUGUUCCAAGAGACUUGAAGGGAAAUUUUUCACUAAAGAUGACGAUCCUUACUGUCAGAAGUGCUACAAGGUUUGUUUUAUGUAUUCACACAUAAAUGUAUACUUUUAUGUAGUAUGCGUAAUCUAGAAAUAAUGCUCUUUG